AGCAGAGAAUUGGUGUGAGUGUGGUGUGUCAGGUCAUUUCCUUGUCGAACCUAUUUGACAAAGCACACAAUUUGAAGUCCGAAUCAAGAGAAUAAAAAACAAAAGGAGAAUGAAGAACACAUUUGCAUGUGAUGAUUCAAUGAUCAUCACCAUACCACUUGGGAGUCUCAGGGACGCUCGAGAUGGUCAACUGAUGCCGGAGAAAUUUCACUGUGUGUUCAAAGACUCCUACAAGGUUUUUGUUAUAAAGGGAAAACCUAAACCUUUUGGGGCAGCCCAGGCCAUCGCUGGUGUGUUUAUUGUCACACUCGGUCUGAUGUUUACCCAAACAGAUGACUUCAUUAAGUUCUUCACUUUACCCAGCCUCCUGUAUGUGGUCUCUGGUUUCCUGACCUAUGCUGCUGGACAAUCUCCAAACAUGCACGUGACAAAACUAUCAUUCUCUCUGAACAUCAUCAGCUUCUUCUGGUCAAUUGCAGCUGUUUUUCUCUGCACGGUCGCGUUUUACACACCAAUAUGGCCUCCCCGGCUUCCUUCACAGGUUCAUGACGCUCCUCAUGGAGGAGUCAAGGGGCUGAUUAUGACUCUUCUGCUUGUUGAAAAGAUAAUAGCCUUAUUCUUGAUCUACUGGCUGAGUAAAGCUAUAUGCAGACAACAUUUCAACACUUUGCCCAUUAUUCUGCUGAAACAAGGAGACUGAAUAGACUGAACUGAUGGAGGUCAACAAACGAAAGACCAAACAACGAUAUUUGUGGUACUUUUGACUUCCUGAAUGUAUCUAAGUGUAUAACAGUCUGUCAGUGUCACAUAUUCCUCAACAUACUGCACAACAAAGAAUGAACGUGAAAGUUAUUUUUUUUGUUUCAGAAAAAGUGGAAAAAAACAACAGAUUGCAUGUGAAUAUAGUGCACCACUUCUUAGAUGUAAAUUACCUAUUAUUUUUGUUUUUGUACAGCUCAUCUACCUACUUAUAUUGCGUUGUUUCAUAAUUUUACAACAGUAUGUCGUAUCAAAUCAGAAAUAGAAGCGUUGCUGCCGCUGCACUUCACAUACGCUUUGUUUUCUAAAGUGCUGUAUCGUCUCAACUCCUGGAUGUUUAGAUCAUACUUGAAAACUUUUUGUAUCUUUCUCAACCAGGACAACAUCAUUCAAAGUGUAAUUUUUAAGGUUGUAAAGGAUGAUGUCGGUAAAUGUCGAUGCAGGUGAGGGUUCGUGCUGCUUACAGAGCUGUAUUUUGUAACUGUAGCCAACGAUAUGUUGACUCUGAAUUUCAUGAAUCUUUUUGGAUUGAUUAUUACUUGUUGUGAUAUCCAGCUGCUUAACAGAUAUCAAACUAUCAUGAGUCCUUUGUGACCCGAGGAUUCAUUUUGAGAGAAAAAAUAAAUCUUGAUGUGUCAUUAUUUUACUAAUCUCGGAAUCAUUGCAAACAUUUUUAUUUGUCUUAAAAUUUCAAUUAAAUUCAAAUUUCAUUAAAUCUCUCUUUGACUACUGCAGUGAGCGACUUCUUGUCGACGUGAAUUUUCUGAUUUCCAUUGUGAUUUCGCUGUCUAAACUUGAACUUAACUGAACUGUACUCACGCUGACAGUCAUAUACAGUCUUAUUGUAAGACUUAAUCCAUUUUAAAUGUUUAUCAAUGAGGCCUUUUGCUUUUCUAUACUUAUGUUUAUAUUUUGUAUAAUUGGUUGUUUUACUCUCUUGUUCGUUAAUCACUUUGGAACUUUGUUUUGGACGUAUAAAUAAAGAUCAAUACUUUGUCUGUUUAUGAUUGUCUUCUUAUGGACCUACAACACAUUUUUCUACUGUGGAUAAUGCCAGAUAGCAGAUAAUUAAUAGCAAUGAAACGUGUUUGUAGCAAAUAUAAUUAUUUAGGUGGAAAAAAUAAUCCGAGCAUACAAAAGAAAAAAAUCACCUUUUGCAUUUGUGUUACUACCAAAAAAUAAAUCAUUGUCAAGCUAAUUUAAAGCUUAAAUCCAAACACAAAUGCGUAAUUUACUGAACCCUUACAUACUGUUUAUAUUCUGACCCUUAACAAUAUCCCGUCAUAAUUAGUCUAAUAACACACCAUAAUAGUCUCAAUACCAAACCUCGUAACCACAAAUCUAUUUUUCAUUCAUUAAUACCUUAUCAGUCAUUAAUAAAUGUGUGAUUUAUCCUUAAUUAAGCUUUCAGGGAGCAGAGAGAGUAUAUUCUUCAGGUUUUACACUAAUUGUUUAUGGAGAAAAACAUUCAUA